UGAUUUUGCAUUACCGGGGAGAGAACUGUAUGUACACAAUAUAGUUCUCUCUCCUGUCAGCUCCUGAACACUGUUUUGCAUGGCUGUGCAUAGUAGAGCCAUGCAAACAGUGUGCUUACAGUGAAGCACACACACAGCACACAGUAAAACAGCACACAGUUAACCCUUUGAUUGCCCCACAUGUUAACCCCUUCUUGCCCAGUGCCAUUAGUACGGUGUCAGUGCUUUUUAUUAGCACUGAUCACUGUACUGGUGUCACUGGAGAUGUCAGUGACACCAAGUCAGUUCCCCCCAGUGUCAGAAUGCCAGCCACAGUCCUGC